CAUCUUAAUUUAUUUGAAUAUACGAUAUGCAUAUUAAUUUUUAUGUAUGCCAUUAACUUUAAAUGCUUUCAAUGUUUAACUGUGAAAGGUUUUGAGGUCACAUAUAUAUGUGUGAUAUUUUAAUGCAUAGUUGUCAUGGCUGAGGGUGAAGGCAUACAGACGAACCUAACCAAACUGAAUUUUGUGAAUCACCAGCUUUGUUUUUUCAUAUGUCAAAUUAUUUCUGUGGCAGACAAAUUACUUUUCAGUCAUAGUUGAAUACAAUAAUUUUUAUGUACACUGGUUUUUAAAGGUAUGGCAUAAGUAUUCAAUUUAAUAUUUAGUUACGGAAAGGAAUGACAUAAUUGCUUGUGAAGCAAUAUUUAUACUACACCGGUGCAUAAGUACAGCAAAGCUGUCAUUGGUUAAUUUUAGAUUUUAGUUCCCUUUUUCAAGCAGCAUUAUGUAACAUGGAAAGAUCUUGAACUUGGGAGAACAGAUGAACUUAGGGAAAGAACAUAAAAUCUAGAAUAGUCGAUUUUGAGGUUGCGAAUCAUUUCUUAGUGUAGCCAUUGCAUUUUAUUAUAUCUUACAUAUUAUCUUACUUAUAUAUUUUUGUUAAAGAUAUUCCAGUCUCUUCUGAUGACCAUCAUAUGAAGAUAAUGCAUUUAGUUCAGAAUCAUCUGCAACAAGAUUUAUUGGAAUGUGCUUUGAAUGCUUGGGAUGAUCAUGAAAUCUUCUAUUUGACUAGUGAUGAAGUGCAUAAUUUUUUAUUUAUGCAUUGCACCAGUGACACUACUUCCUUUUCUCCAGUUUGUUUUGAUAUGAGAAGUGUAACUCCCUUUUCUACUGGAGCUUUUGAACUUAGUUUGCUUAAUUCUUCAAGAUUAGAAAGAUCCCAUUCAACUGAAAGUUUUGGAGACUUUAAUUGCCAUAUAUUAUCAACAGAAUUUGACAAUUCCAGAAUUAAGUUCGAAGAAGAGUUAUCUGGACUACGGAAUAUUUUAGAAAAUGGGUUCCCUGAAACUGACUUGAGUGCAUUUGAGGUCACCUCAAAGUUAAAUUCUGGCGGUGUAGGAUCUGUAAGUAAACUUGGGAAAGAGUGCAAAAGUCAGUUUAAUUCAUCGAAUGAUUUUAUUCAGUCAGCCACAUUAUCCCCAAAAGAUAGCUGUUUAGGAAUAUUUGGUGAUGUACUAAACUCAGAAACUGAUCCACCUUUUCUUAGUUGGGAAGGUCGCAUGAUGCAUUCUGUACCAUGUCACAUCUACACUUUAGAAAUGACCAGAAAUGAUGCUGUCCUAAAUACCCCUGAAGAGGAUUCACCACCCCUUCAAUCCCUUUUAAACUUAUCUGAAGUCAUAUCUGAAUAUGACAUGGUGCAUCAUAUUCUUGACAUGCUUAUUGGAAUUCCUUCAAGCACAUUUAUAUAUAAUGAUAAUACAGAAAGAUUUCAUUUGAAACCGGGAGCUCAUCUCUUAAACUUAUCUCAUGGAAGUACAUCUGAAUUGAUUUCUGAGUUUAUAGACAAUGGUACAAUGUUUUAUUCAUUACAAAAAUUUUCAAAAUCAUUUCAAACUGAAGGUUUGAUUCAGAAAAGUUUACAUACAGCUGUUAACCGGAUUCUGUCCAUUUACAGAGAGUAUAUAAUUUCUGUCAGAAUGAAUUCUCCGAGCAUGCAGUUAUUGAGAACUGAUGUCUUAGAAGAAGCACAGUUGCUCAGCACUUUGGGCUCAAUAUGUGGUUUGUGUUUCAAAGAAAAAGAGUUUGAUAUAGCACCUAAG